AUGGAAGGAAGUGACUUCUUGAAAAAGUUGGCGAACAGGAAAAUUCGCAGAAAUUACAGCAUACAUCCUGAAAAUGUAAUUUUUUACGAUUAUUUCAACAAUUUAAAAAGGAAGGCGAUUGCUCAGGGAUACACCAAUUUGGUUAUCUCUUUUAAAAAAAUUAUGGGCUCCAUUUUGAAGUACCCCUUGCCAAUUAAAAAUAGCCUGGAAGCCUAUAAAUUAAAGGGGGUUGGUAAGCGAUUUUCCUACUAUUUUGAAAAGGCCCUGUCGCAAGAUGCUCAAGAAAAGAAGCAAAAUAGUAUCCACAAUGGCUGCGUCACAUCGAAUGAGAAUUCCUCUCAAAUUUACACCCACAUAAAUAAAGUCAUCACAAGUGUGGACCGUUUUUUGAAGGAGCUGGACAAUGAGGUUUAUAAUUUGAGGAGAAUCGGCGAAGAGUCCGAUGAUAGCAUUAUGAGGAACAUCAAGGAGAUCAGAAAUGAUUACUCGAACAGUGACUGCAACCAGGGGGAGGUGAAAAGGAGGAAGCGGAAAGGUGGAAAGGAGAAGAAAGCAUGCGCCCAUCCAGCUGAGCGGGUUGACAAGGUUGGCCAGGUUGACAAGGCUGACCAGACUGAUCCUUCCGAUUGCGCUAAUCGCACUGCCAAUCAUGAGAGCAAGCGUGGCGAGAACAGUUGCCCUCCGGCCAACGAACUGAGCAGCCCCCCACAGUUGAGCACAAACUCGUACACAUACAAAAACAGCACCAACAUCAAUGGCUACACAAUCAUUUCGAGCAGCGCCGUAAAUUACGAAAACUCCUUUUUGGGCGAUGAUGAAGCAUCGACUCAAAAAGGGGGUCCCCCGAAUGAGCGAGUGAAGAAAAAGAGAUUCACUGGCAAAAAUAAAGAAAGCAAAAAAACGAAUGAGAUCGAAUUGAACGAUUUCGAAAAGGGAGUCAUGACGUUUCUCGACAAGUAUGAAGAUUUAUAUGACGACUGUGCUGUUAGCAAGGAAGAAAUAACCAUCGGAUUUUUAAAAUAUUAUAGGAACUCUGAAAAAAUAAAUUUCAGGAAAUUGAGUAGGCUUAUAAAAUUGGAAUUCGUAGAGAAGGUAGACAUUUGGGAAAAUAAGGCAAGUGGUGGCGUUGCCAAAAAGAGGCACCUCCUGGAUGACGUGCAGGAGACACCCAGCAGUUGCGCGGCAUCGAAUGUGUUAUCCCCCUCGAGUGUGUCCAAUGCGAAAAGGGCUAAAAUGAAAAUCGUUAACAAGGUGAGGUUGACCGUAAAGGGGAGGGAAUUCCUGCGGAGGGGGAAGCAGGAAAAGGAGAAGCAGAACGGGGAAGAGCCGAAAACACUGGAAGAUCCCCCCCACGCGGAUAACCCCAAACCGAGGGACCCCACCGCAGAUGCAGCAGAAGGGGAAGAAAAAUCUACUUCUGAGAGAGACAAAGAAAAUAAAGUGAGCGAGUCAAACCACAUAAUCAAAUCUGAGGACAGUUUCAAAAGCGCUGAAUAUUUAUCUACCAAGAUGAACGAGUCGGAGGAACGACUAAGGAAGGAAAUUACCUACAGUGAUGGUGAAAAUAGCCACUUGUUUGGAAAGGGCAAAAUUGUUGGCGAAAAUCUGUUUGAUGAUUUUUUCCCCCUUAGACAUGGUUCAAAUGGACACCCGGGGGGGGUACUACACGAUCAUGAAGAAGAUAGUCCAGCGGGGGGGAAUAAUACCAAGGAGGAUUACUCACGAAAGGGGGGUGCCUCCUUUUUGGAGAGUGAACUUUUGAGCAAGUCUGAGGGUGCAAACUGUGGUACCUCCUUUGACAUGGCGGUAAAGGAUCAAGCGGGUAACUGUCCUCUGGAGAGCGGAGGAACCAAUCAGGCAGAACUGGCCAACAAAGUAGAAAGGAUUCGUGACGAAUGGGAUAAUCCGCUUAACUCUGUCUGCGAAUCAACCAUGCCGUGGAAAGAAGAAAAAAAUGAUCUCGCCAAUUUUGAAUUACAAAUGGAAAGAAAAAAGAAAGAAAUUAGAAAAAAGUUGAAAAUAAGUUUGAGGGAAAAAAUACAAAAAAAAAAGAAAAGGGAUGAAAAUAAUUUAUGGGCUGAGGAGGACCAGUCGAGUAGCAACUCUGAUGAGUCGGAGAAAGGCAAAGGGGAAGAUAAAGUCGAAGGGGAGGGAAGUGGCCUGCCCGAAAGGAGUUCCUCCCAGGGGGGGAAGCAACCCAGUGGUGUAACUGAUGGAGUUAAAAGAUCUCCAGACGGGAACAAGCCGAAUGGGGAUGAGCAGAGUGAGGAGGGUUCCCAACUGUUUCGCAGCUGGGAGAACUGCAAAGUACAACCAUGGGAGGUGAAUAUAAGUGCUCCAGAUUCAGCAGAUGCUGAGACAGAACUGCAUAUUAGGAAAAUAAAAAAAGCACUCUCCCGUGAUGGGAAUCACAAUAUUAGUGAAGACGCUCGCGAAAAUGUUUUUUUUACCAUUGAUGGGGAUACAUCGGAUGAGCAAAGUUUUCAACUCGGCGGUAGGGAGGGCAGCGAAAGAGGCAGAUCAGUGGGGCCGUCUACCCGUGACAAUCUCCAAAUGGAGAACCCCCCCCAGUGUAACCUCUUUUGCAAAGGGAUUACAUCAAAUUUGAGCAACAACAAACAACCGCGCAGUGAUGACGUAAUCGAUUUGUUUGCAGAGGAGGGGGGAGAUGCCUCUUGUGGGCGUAUUUCCUCAGUUGGGGGUAAAACGGAGGGGAAGCGAAAGUGGAGCGCCUCGCUGGAUAGCGGGGGAGGAGAGUUAAAAAGUGAGCCAAAAAGGAGAAGAAGAAAAAAAAAAGGGGAGAAGCGGUUGGACGAAGAGGAGAAAAACGCUCAAUCAGGGGAGGCGAGCACAAAAAAGAAAAGAAAAAACGAAAAUGACCACACGAGGGGAAGUCCCAAAGGAGCGCGUAAGUUAAGCCAAAAGGCAAAGCGAAAGGAAGACCGCGAUGCACACCCUGAUGGGGAUACGCACACCGAAGGGGGCGAGCAAGUGACCUAUGGGCCGUAUGAAAUCGUCAUGGUGAUCGACAACAGAGACAUAUCAGGGACGAGCCAGGAGCUGAAUGAAAAGAUGAAAAAAAUAUUCCAACGCAAUGGGGUAAAAUACCUAACUAGGAACCUGCCCCUGGGUGAUAUCAUCUGGUUGUGCAGGAGGAGGGUGUAUAAUGGAGCUAAGUCGAAGAGGAAAAGGGGCAGAAAAGGUGCGAACAAGGAGAAGCAGCGCCAUCACGAAUGGAGUGGCGAGGCCAGCCAAAUGAGCAGCCUACGAAAGAGCAACGCUCACUGCAGUGGAGGUUACGACCGAGGGAGGGAGGACCGGCGGGAGGGAGACAAAAAAGGAACCGCGACGUUCGAAGAAAGUGCUGCAUGCGAAGAUACCGCCGCGUGCGAAGAAAACGCCGAGUACGAAGAGCACGUAUUAAAGUGGAUAGUAGAGCGGAAAACCCUUAACGACCUAAGUGCAAGCAUAAUCGACGGAAGGUAUGAUGAGCAAAAAUAUCGCCUCAUGCGAUCGAAAGAAACCUCACAUAUAAUAUACCUCAUAGAGAACAGCAACAAUUCGUUUAAGAAUUACACCAGCUCGACUAGAAUUUCGUAUGAAACGCUUCUAAAUGCUCAGCAUAGUAUUCAGUUGGUUAGUGGGUUCUCCAUUUUGACUAGCCAAAGUCUGACUCACACCUUUUUUUUAUUGGCUGAAAUGCACACAGAGAUUGUAGAAAGCAUCCGUCUGCUUGCUAACACGGGGGAAGGAGAACCCAUAAGACACACCAACGAGUUGGAGGUGUAUUUGCGAGACAAUGCAUCCGAAUGGGACCAGUGGAACAAUGACUCUAAGAAAUCGAAGAACAAUUUGGUGAAGGAAGUUUUUGGGAAGCAACUGCGAUUGAUUAAUAUGUGCGGGCCUGAUGCUACGGAGUUGAUUUUGUCUCUGUGGCCUACUCCGAUGAAGCUGCACGAGGCGCUCAAUAGGUAUACCCACGAUGGGAUUUUGGCCGAGAAGAUCAAGCGGAUUUACCUCAAACGGCGCGGCCUGCUGGGGAAGCGGCGUGUGAAGUCUCCCGUCGAUGCGAACCUCAUUGCGCAGCUGCGGCAGCUCUAUGCCCCGGACUCGAUUUAG